CUUCGUUUUCUUUGUACUUUUUGCUGUUUCCCAUCGUUUCUCAGCCUCUCUUCAUUCUGCAACACAACCUGCAGCCAUGGCAUCCCAUAUGCGUUACACUCCGCUCACCGCAGACCCCAGUCAUACGUUGCCCCUGUUCCCACCGUCCUACGACGAUUUGGAUGACAACAACGACGACUACACGUAUUCGUCGUCGGCCACUCCGGCUAUCGAGCAAUUUGAGUUGGACGACGGCAUCGAUGGCAUCGACGACGGCAUCACACGACGAACACAACGUGAAGGGCUCCUUGUACGAGCUUCGCUCAUGACCAAGAAGUUCGCUAACAACUUCAACAACUCCAUCAUCCACCCGGUGCUGCAAAUAAUAGACCCCAUCUACGAAGGCUACAAAUACUUCCAGCAGAAAUAUGAGCAGAAUAUCCUCAAGUUGGGCAACCCGUUGGUGGUGAAACGGUUGCUCUACGUGUUGUUCAUCAUGAUAGUAAUCUUCUUUGUCACCAAGCAUAACGUCAACGACGGCGUUAAUGGCACUUCCGGAGGUACUUUUUCGGCAGGAAAGUUCUACAAUAUAGAUAAGCUCAGUUCUUCGGUCGAUGACUUCAUCUCAGCCAAGUUAAUGAAAGAAAACUUGGAGUACUUUUCGUCUAUGUCUCACAUCACCGGCUCCAACGGCGACUUGACUCUUGCCCGUUAUAUCGAAACCUACAUGCACAAUAACGGCAUCCGCAUCAUGGACAUGAACCAGCUCCAGAGCUAUACUAACUACCCCGUUUACAAUGAGAAAGACACCUAUCUCAAGCUUCUGGACAACUCUUUCUCUGCUCAUUUGUAUGAGAUGAAUAACAAGACGAUGGAACACUUGGCAUAUAACCCCAAUGCGCUCAACACCAAUGGCCCCGUGGAGUCCCAUUUUAUUUACGGCAACUACGGAACACAAGAGGAUUACCAGAAAUUGAUUAGUAGCGGCAUAGAUCUUACCGAUGCCAUUCUAUUGAUCAAGUACGGUGGAAGUAUUCCCGAGCCAAACAAAGUCAGCUUUGGCCAGCAGUCUAAAGUCAAGGCGAUUGUCUUUAUAACACCGAAAUUCGAGUUCGGAACUGGUGAUAGCAAGCAAGAAUUCGUAGACGUAAUCCAAAAAGCAAAUGUGGGCUUAACCCGAGUAGAUCCUGGUGACGUACUUACCCCUGGCUGGUCUUCUGAAGAUGGGUAUGUCACAAGAUUGCCAUGGUUUAGGUCUUCGACGACUCCCAAGAUCCCUACAAUUCCAAUCUCGUGGGAAGAUGGUGAGAAAUUGCUUUCUAAAUUGGAAGGUUCUGGUGUCAAGUUCGAUGAUGGCUACUUUUCUGGAAAGGGUAAAUCAUCUUCAGUCCCCACCAUGGUGUUGAAAAUAGCCAACGAAGAAAGAGCUACCCAUCAGAUAUGGAAUGUAGUUGGUUCUAUUCAAGGAAGAGAACAGAAUGAAAAGGGGAUAAUCAUUGGUUCUAGUCGUGACUCUACUUGUUAUGGUACGAUUUCCUCGAAUACUGGUACGGUGGUGAUGCUUGAAAUGAUCAAAGUAUUCACCUCUUUACAACGAAAAUAUAACUGGAGUCCUUCCAGGUCUAUAUAUUUUGUCUCAUUUGAUGCUACAGAAUAUAAUUUGGCUGGUUCAGCUGAAUGGAUCGAAAACAGAAAGGACCUGUUGCGAAAGGAAGGCUAUGCAUACAUUGAUCUCAGUGAUGCUAUCAGCGGCGAUGAUUUGUCUAUCAAGGCAAGUCCUUUUGUAGAAGACGUUAUAAAAAAGGCCCUCAAGCAGGUGGAGACCGAUGUCACCAAGAAUGAUAAUGGCAACGAAAAGCUCAGUUUGUACGACCUAUAUCUCAGACAACAAGGAAACGAUGGUAUUUCAAACGACUUGAUUGAGCUGAAAAACUAUAUUCCUUUCAUUAAUCUUGUGAACAUGCCAUCGUUAGAACUUAAAUUCUCAGGCAAGAAAUAUCCCAAGAACUCUUGCUAUGACAAUUUUGAAAAUUUCGAGAAAUCGGCUAUCGAUCCUGAUAUGAACAAACAUCGGGAACUUGUAAAAGUGCUAUCAUUGAUUGCCUUGAGGUUAGCUGAGAGCCCCAUGAUACCGUUUGACUUCCAGAAGUUGGCCAGCAAGUUAACACAUUAUGUAGAUGACUUGGAGAAGUAUUCGCGCGACAUUAUUCUGACACUUGAGCAGGAAAACAAGCCUGUAUUGCACUUCAAGUCCCUACGUGAUUCUAUCGAAAUCUUAAGAAAUGCGGCAAAUUCACUCCAAAGUUGGGGCGAUAGCUGGAAGCAGUAUGUCGAAAACUCUGCUGAAAUCGAGCCGUCAAUGUUGGCAAUGAACAGAUGGAAGCGUAAUGAGAAUAUGGUUGCAUUCAACCAGAAAUUCCUUGUAAGGAAUCACAUGAAGGACACGAGACCCGGUUUUGCCAAUGUUCUCUUCGGAGUACCAUUCAUGGCUCCUGAAGUCAGCGAUGGUAAAUAUGAGUGGAACACCUUCCCACGUAUCAGAGACAGCCUUUACUUACAUGAUUUUAACGCUGCCCAAGACCAGAUUAAUAAGUUGGCAUCGUUGGUCCAGGAGGCAUGCCAGGAAUUAGAUAGCCAAUAGAAUAUGUUCGUAGACAUUAAUGGGUAUAGCGGUAUAGGGAUACAAAUUUAUCGACUU